AUGGACGAAAUUCAGAACCGCAAAGCAAAAUUAGAAGAAGCCUACGAAGCCUUCUCAAAAGCUCAAUUACAAAUUGAAAUUGUAGCAGAGAAAGAAAAUCAAACAAAUAUGGAUCAUGAAACUCAACGAUCGCAGUUUGAUGAUCAAUAUUUUGCGUGCGCUAAAUUAAUAAGUAUGCGACUUCGCGAAAUCAAUUCAGUGGCCCUGCCGGUAGCUAGCACAUCAAAUUUAGCUUCGCAUUCUGCUUCGCCGAUAACUAUAAAACAAACCAACAAUCUUCUGCCAAAAAUAGAGAUCCGUCCCUUUGAUGGAAAUCUUGUGAAUUGGUACAGUUUUCAUGACACUUUCAAAAAUUUAGUGCAUGAUAAUGAUGAGUUGAUACCAGUUCACAAAUUCUAUUUAUUGCAAAAUGCACUUCAAGAAGUUUAUCGCGAAACUCCUGCCAAUCUACGUUCUUUGGUAGAAAAGGCACAGGUUCACAUAAACGCUUUAAAGGCUUUAAAUCAACCGGUUGAUCAGUGGGAUGCGUUACUCGUUUACGUAAUAAUCAAGAAAUUGGAUAAGGGCACGCGUCGAGCGUGGGAACGUACGUUAGAGGACGAGGAAAUGCCGGCUUUUCAACAAUUAUUAAAGUUUCUCGGCAAACAAGCACGGGGUGAUGAACUCGACACAAUUUCCUUUGACGCGAAUAAAUCAAACACACAACAUAACAAUUACAAUUCAAAAAUGCCAUAUAAAAAACGAGCUAAUCAUAUUCAAUCGCACGUAGGUACACAAGUGCAGAUUCAAUGCCCUAUCUGCGGUCAAAAUCAUACAAUCUACACAUGUAGUAAAUUUUUACAAACAAAUGAAAAAGGACGUUUCGAAUUAGCUCGAAAGGCAAAACUUUGUCUAAAUUGCUUAAAAAAUAAUCAUCAAACAAGCAAAUGCUAUCUUAGUGGUUGUAAGAAAUGCAAUUACAAGCAUAAUACGCUUUUGCAUUUUAACGAAACACACAAGGCGCGUAAUCAGAAUUCCAUAAACAACACUGUCGAAUCAAACAUUCAGAAUAGAGAAGAACAACCACCAGUAAAUCUAGUGGUAUCAUCCGAGUCGGAAGUAUUGUUAGGAACAGCCUACAUUAAGAUUUUGGAUAAGGACAAGAAUGAAUUUCCGUGUAGAGUACUUUUAGACGGAGGUUCACAAACGCAUUUUAUAACGGAAAGGUUAGCUGAUCGUUUAAGAUUAGAUAAAACGAGAAUAGACUCACCAUUUUCAGGUUUAGGGCAAAAUCUAACUAAGGCACAAUAUACGGUCAAAACAACUAUUAAAUCUCGAACAACUCCAUUUUCAUGCGAUUUAACCUUAGUAGCUUUACCUAACAUAACUGGUUUAUUGCCUUAUCGAAAAAUUGACAAGGAUAAUUUAUUUAUUCCUAAAAAUAUUGCGUUAGCUGACCCGAAUUUCCAUAAAUCUGCCGAGAUUGAUGCUUUACUCGGCAACACUCUAUUUUAUCAAUUGUUAAGUGUAGGUCAAAUUAAAUUGUGCAAUAAUUCAGUAAUAUUGCAAAAAACUCGACUUGGAUGGAUUGUAACAGGAGAAGUUAAUCUUUACAAUAACCAGUCAAACAAGACGAAAACAUGUCUUUUGACAACUACCCUUGAAAAACAACUAAGUCAAUUUUGGGAGAUCGAAGAAUUGCCUAAUAAAAAACACCUUUCUAGCGAAGAGUUAGCAUGUGAAACACAUUUUAUACAAAAUAUUGAUCGGAAUUCGAACGGAAGAUAUACGGUACGAUUGCCAUUUAAUGAGAAAAGGGAUGGUAUCGGAGAAUCACAUAGGAUGGCUUUAAAACGUUUUUAUUCUCUAGAAAAACGGUUAGAAUCGAGUCCAGAAUUAAAAAAACAAUAUAGUGCAUUCUUAAAGGAGUAUAUAGAGUUGAAACAUAUGACUGACAUAACCAAUACAGAUGAUCUACACAUAGGUUAUUAUUUACCGCAUCAUGCGGUAAUAAAGGAAUCAAGCGCGACCACAAAAAUUCGAGUAGUCUUUGAUGGAUCUGCAAAAACAUCAUCCACUCUUUCACUAAACGAUACAUUAAUGCAGGGUCCUACAAUUCAAGACGACCUGAUUUCUAUAAUUAUGCGUUUUCGUACUCAUCAAUUUGUAUUAACAGCCGACAUUGAAAAAAUGUUUCGGCAAAUUCAAGUACACCCAGAUGAUGCAAAAUUCCAAAAAAUCUUUUGGCGUGAAAAUAAACAUGAACCCAUCAAAACUUACGCCUUAAACACGGUCACUUAUGGGACUACUUCAGCUCCAUUUCUCGCGGUUCGUUGUUUAAAACAAUUAAUAAAAGACGAAGGACAUAAAUAUCCAUUAGCUGCAGCAAUACUUGAUCGUGAUUUUUAUGUCGAUGAUCUGCUCACUGGAACAAAUGAUCUGAAUCAAGCCCGGCUUUUAAUAGAUCAGUUAAUUAAAUUACUAAAUUCAGGAGGUUUUAAUUUACGCCAGUGGCUGUCAAAUGAGCCAAAGCUUUUAAAGGAACUAAAGAAUUCCUCUACAUCUCAGCUCGUAUGUUUAGACGCCAAUGAAACAAAAAAGGUUCUCGGAAUACAGUGGGAUCCAGAUACUGAUACUAUUAGUUAUAACGUAAAACCCUUUGCUGAACAAAGAACGAUUUCGAAAAGAACAAUUCUGUCCGAAAUUGCCCAGCUUUUCGAUCCUUUGGGUUUAUUAGGGCCCGUAAUAAUUCAGGCUAAACUAAUUAUGCAGGAACUAUGGAAAGCAAACCUAAUUUGGGACGAAUCAAUUCCACAGUCGUUACAUACUGAAUGGGUCAAUUUUAAAAGGCAGUUACCAAUACUAAAUAAUUUCUCAGUGCUUCGUAAGGUUAUAUUAAAUAAUUCAGUAGAAUUACAUUUACAUGGCUUUUGUGACGCCAGUGAAAGGGGCUAUGGUGCCUGUAUUUAUCUAAGAUCCACUGAUAACUUUAAUAAUCAUUUCGUAGGGCUAUUAUGCGCAAAGUCACGCGUCGCUCCUAUCAAAACAAUCUCUAUACCUAGGUUAGAACUGUGUGCUGCCAAAUUAUUAGCAAAUUUGUAUAAAUCCGUAGCAGACGCAUUACACCUACAAUUCAGCAAAACUAAUUUUUAUUCUGACUCAAGUAUCACACUAAAUUGGCUUAAAACAUCACCUCAUACUUUGAAAACUUUUGAAGCAAACCGUGUCUCUGAAAUUCAAACGCUCACUGAUAAGAAUAAUUGGUAUCACAUAUCAACACACGAUAAUCCUGCUGAUUAUAUUUCUCGCGGUCAAACUCCUUCAGAGUUUAUUCAAAAUACAUGCUGGAUUAACGGACCUAUGUGGCUUUCUAAGGAUGAAUCUCUUUGGAAAAUCACGAAAAUAUCAACGAACCAUAACAUAGAACAACAACACAAUGUGACGUUGAUUACUACAGAACAAAAUUAUAACAAUAUAAAACAAAAAAAAGGGGAUAAUAUUCAUAAUGAUACCUUCGAACGAUUCUCAUCUAUUAUUACUUUGAAUCGUUUUGUUGCUCUUUGUCGCCGAGCAAUUAAAAAUAAAAGGUCAAACAAUAAAAUCAAGGGUGAAUUCACAGUAAAAGAGUUACAAGAUGCACAUUUACAAGUAAUAAAGGUAAUUCAAGAAAGGGAAUUCCAACAGGAAUUCCAAUGUUUAACAAAGGGCAAUGAAUUAAAUAAACAUAGCAAGUUGCUGAGAUUGAAUCCUUUUAUCGAUGAAUUCGGAGUUCUUCGCGUAGGCGGUAGGUUGACCAAUGCCAAUAUAAAUUAUUCACACAAGCAUCCAAUUUUAUUACCCAGAAGCAAUCAUGUGACUGAUAUAAUAAUACGACAUGCACAUACAAAACAUUGGCAUCCAGGAGUGCAAAAUACAUUAGCAAUUGUAAGACAACAUUAUUGGCCUAUUGACGGCAAAAAUAGAACUCGAUAUAUCAUACAUAAAUGCAUUGCAUGUUACAAGGUAAAUCCUAAGCCACCAAACUAUUUAAUGGGUCCACUACCUAAAAAUCGGUUAAUACAAACUCGACCUUUCGAAAAUACUGGACUAGAUUACUGUGGUCCGUUUUUUAUAAAGGAGAAGAAAUUUAGAAAUAAAAUAAAAUUAAAAUCAUAUGUAGUUGUAUUUGUUUGCUUUUCAACCAAGGCUAUACAUUUAGAAUUAGUUACAGAUUUAACUACUGAGACAUGCAUAGCAGCAAUUAAACGGUUUUUCGCUCGCAGGGGCAAAUCAAAAAAUCUUUAUUCCGAUAACGCAACAAAUUUUGUAGGAGCAAAGAAUGAACUGUUAAAUGUCAGGGCACUAUUAUUAUCUGCAAAUCAUAAUGAUAGAAUUAUGUACAAAUUAGCAAAUGAAGGAGUUAACUGGCAUUUUUCACCACCGCGUUCACCUCACUUUGGAGGCUUAUGGGAGGCAGGUGUAAAACAAUUCAAGCACCAUUUAUAUCGUACCGUUGGCGACUCAUUGUUCACAUACGAACAGCUUAAUACAUUUAUAAUCGAAAUUGAAUCAAUCUUAAAUUCCCGUCCUCUAAUUCCAUUAUCCUCUGAUCCUAAUGAUAUGUCGGUCCUUACCCCAGCUCAUUUUUUGAUUGGAGAUUCUUUAAUGAGCAUACCAGAACACCACUUUCAAGAUAUACCAGCAAACAGAUUGUCAUUGUGGCAACACAUUGGGAAGGUGAAACAACAUUUUUGGAACAGAUGGUAUAAAGAGUACUUUAAUGAAUUACUGCUGCGUAGUAAGUGGCGCAAAGGUGAUCCUGAAAAAAUAAAAAUUGGAACACUUGUUAUGAUGAAAGAAGAGAAUGUCCCACCUAUGCACUGGAGCAUGGGUCGCAUCAUAACUACUCAUCCUGGCAAAGACAAAAUCGUUCGUGUGGCAACCGUGAAAACAAGUCGCGGAACGUAUAAACGAUGUAUAAAGAAUCUAUGCCCCUUACCGAUUGAUAUUCCUGUAGAAGAUUAA